GCCUCAGCAACAUCAGAAAGUACUUCGCUAUGGCCGCUCCACGGCUUCCUUUUCUAUGGCCGGUGCUCAUGAGGGCGGCAGAGCCGUGUGCUCCUCCCGUAAGAGCGGCGCGCGCGGCUGUCCGCAAUCGGGCCUAUCACCCAAGUUGUCGCCGGAAACAGCAAGAAACCAUCACGCAGCGGUAUGGCACGGCAAACGAACCGCCGCCGCAUCUGGGUGGAGGGAAGAGCUUCGGCCCGCGUACGGGCGACCAGUCCGCCGAUGUCCAGGUGAAGCUCCCAAAGAUUGGAGAAAAGCUGCAACGGGAUGGCGAGAAGGAAGUUAAGGCGGAGCAAGUGGAAGCGAGUAAGGCGGAGCAGGUGGAAUCGAGCAAGGCGGAGCAAGACAAGCGGACAGAGCCUACGACGCAUCCUGAGGAGCAUCCAGGACGGACAUUCGAGGAGCACAGUCCGCCUGUCAAAGCGCCACAUCUGGAACCCUCACGCUACGUGCAUCACUUCGACUCAUAUGGCCUGGUAAAGCGGCUGAACGAUGGAGGUUGGAGCGAAGAUCAAUCCGUCACCGCCAUGAAAGCGAUGCGGCUCAUCCUGGCUGACAAUAUGGAUUUGGCAAAGGAAGCGCUCGUCUCGAAGAGCAUGGUGGAGAACGAGACGUACCUCUUUCGUGCGGCAUGCGCAGAAUUGAAGACGGAGGUCAUGGGCAGACGCAAGGGCGAGCAGGAGAAGAUGCGCACGGAGCGUACGCAGCUGCAGCACGAAGUGGAUAUCCUUGGCCAGCGUCUGGGCCAGGAGACGGCCACGCUGAAAGAUGAGCUGAAGGGCAUGUUCGACGACCGGAAGAUGGCUGUCCGCAACGAGCAGCGUAGCAUGGAGAGCAAGAUUCAGCAGCUCAAUUACAAGAUCACGGUCGAGCUGCAAGCGGACGCCCGCUCGGAGGUGGAAGGCUUGCGGUGGGUCAUGACCCGGCGUGUCAUUCUCAGUCUAUUCAUUGUGGUCGUCAUGAUCCUCUUCAGCUUGCGGCAAUACUCUCUGAUGAUGCACGAGCGCGAGAUGGACGCGAAGCGG